CGACCAGAUGCCGUUCCACAAAAUACCAGUAGUGCUACGAGAAACUAGACUUGGUGACGCCAUCUCCCUUUCCUUCACGCUCACGCGCGAAACUCGCGUCCAAGCUGUACCUUGCUCGCCAUGUCUUCUGAACCCUCACCGGGAUCCACUACAUUAGACAUCCUGCGGGCUUACAGCCGUACUCCAUCUCCUUCAUCUCCGGAUGCGACAUCCAUCAAUAGACCACCGGAUAUUAACUUGUCUCUCCACAUACCAGAUUCUAGAUUUUCAACUAUUUCAUACAAUCCAACAUCAAUUCUGUUUACUGCGGACAAAAGCUUGCCGAACGAGACCAACGAGUCGCCCUUUCGAUGGAAUUUACCUCUGCCCGUGGAACCUGAGCAGAGUGGACCACCGUCUGAUGGCGGAAAGGGACAGGUAUCCGAUUCCACAGCAAACAUCUGGCAGGGCUGGAGAAUAAUCGUAUUUGGCUCAUGGUUCAACCUUUUAUUAUUACUGAUCCCCGUUUCUUGGACGCUGAGCUUCGUGCUCGAGAAACACCACAAGGUUAUAUUUACCUUCAGCAUCUUGUCCAUGAUCCCUCUUGUAAAGCUCCACGAUCUUUCAACUCGUGAGCUGGCACUUCGUAUUGGAGGCACAAAGGCCGGUUUGCUUAAUGCAAGUAUGAGCAAUACUGUCGAGAUGGUGAUCGCGAUCACCGCCCUCAGGAAGUGUGAACUAAGGGUCGUACAAUCUUCGUUAAUUGGUGCGAUUUUGAGCAAACUACUUCUUGUCCUGGGGAUGUGCUUCUUUGCUGGCGGGCUUCGCUUCUCUGAGCAAGGAUUCGACCAGACCGCUACACAGAUACAUUCAUCGCUUUUGAGUAUCAGCGUUGGAGCUCUGCUCCUCCCUGCUGCGUAUCACUUUGCAAUCAGUGGCGGAAAAGAUUCUGGCUCCUUUGAGCAGAAGAAUAACAUUCUGAAUAUGAGCUAUGGAGUCUCAAUCAUACUCAUGUUUAUUUAUAUCGCCUAUCUUCUCUUCCAGUUCUGGUCCCACAAGCAUCUCUAUCAAGAUACAAAGCUUAGGAGUAGCAAGCUAUCGGUCAAGAUGCCAGUCAAUUCGCGUUAUCUGACCGACAUGCUCUCUGCAUCCGUGACCCUGAACGAUAAACCUGGUACCACGCAUGAUGGCCAAAGUUCGGCUUCGAGUUCUCGACGUAGUUCAGUGAUAUCUUCCAAUUUCCCUCCGCUGCCCAAAUUUCCCUAUAGGAAUUCGCCGCUGAGUUCUUCUUCCGAGACCACGCUGACAGGGAGCAAGGAACAUCUUCCGGAAACGACUAAGCAGGGGCUUACACAGGAAUCUACUAAUCGGUUGGCCGAGGGAGUGUCACAACAAACUGCACAACCCGAGCACGAUCAUGUAGAUGGCAGCACUGUUGAUCUCUUAAAUCCGCCUUGGAGUACAUCACCGAUGGCAUCCGCCGUUGAUACCGACCCUAUCCGAUACGCUUCACCAGAGCCUAUGACCACCACUGAACGUGCGAAUCUGCAUAGGUCGCCAUCAGCGACCGAUAGUUUCAGAGAGCCGCAGCUCAGCUGGAUGGUCACCCUUCUGCUAUUGACAUUGGUUACUAUUACGGUGACUAUCACUGCUGAAGAUCUUGUGGAGUCCAUGGACGGGAUCUCAACAACGAUUAGCAAGCAAUGGGUUGGUCUCAUCUUGCUUCCUGCAGUCAGCUCUAUCGCAGAGUGCGUUACUGCAGUCAAUACUUCUGUGAAGGACCAACUGAAUCUGAGCGUGAGCAUCGCUGUCGGGUCGUCGAUACAAACCACCCUCUUGGUUAUUCCGUUCAUGGUCACCCUUGGAUGGAUCAUGGGCAGGCCACUGGCUUUACUAUUCGACCCGUUUGAGUCUGUGGUUCUCUACAUUUCAGUGCAUACCAUGAGUUUCGUGGUCGCGGAUGGGAAAUCAAACUGGCUAGAAGGUCUCAUCUUGAUCUGCUUGUACUUCAUCAUAGCCGUUUCCUUCUGGUUCUACCCCAUUUCCUCGAGCCUCCCAAUCGAACUCGCUGUCUGCGUGUAGCGACGAUGAUCUUUUAAAACAAUUCCUACCCUGGGUCCUGAGAUCGUAUUUUGCCCUACAAAGUAGACUGUCUGGUCUACUUUCUAAGUAUAACUUGUCAUUGUUCACUUCACAUCCUACUUCACACCUACUUCACACCCUACCUCACACACCCUGUAUUGCAUGUGAACUAUCUUCGACAGUAGAACAUUUAAUGAGUCGAUGUACUUUAUUUACUAGUUGAAUACAAGCAGCGACAUAUGGUCGCCUUAUUAUCCCGUACGCGGUACCCAGAGGCAUACCCUGUAC